UUACGCACGUGCUCCAAUUGCACCCUGGUUGAUCCCCAUGGUCUAGAGAACGGUAUAAAAGCUCUUCCAACUCAGGGCCCUUCAUUCCACUUUGCUUGCUUUGUUCACCUCUGUGAAAAGGCAUCUGUCACAGCUUACCUCCAUCCCUACAAGAUGUCUUGCUACGACCUGGUCUCCAGCUCUGCCUGUGGCGUUGCUCGCCCUCAGCCCCUCGCUGACACCUGCAACGAACCAUGUGUCCGUCAGUGCCCUGAUACCACCACUGUGAUCCAGCCACCUCCAGUGGUCGUCACCUUCCCUGGCCCCAUCCUCAGCUCUUUCCCCCAGGAUUCAGUUGUGGGAUCCUCUGGAGCACCCUUCGUUGGGGGCUAUGGUGGCCUGGGAGGCUAUGGUGGCUAUGGGGGUCUGUACGGCUAUGGGGGCUAUGGCUCCCUGGGCUAUGGGGGUCUCUAUGGCUAUGGGGGCUAUGGCUCCCUGGGCUGUGGUGGUCUGUAUGGAUACGGGGGGUAUGGCUCCCUAGGCUAUGGUGGUCUGUAUGGCUGUGGGAGUUCUCUGGGUUAUGGGGGUCUGUAUGGCUAUGGUAGACUCUGUGGAUCUGGCUACUACAGCCCUUACUCCUACUGGCACAACAGGUACCUCCGUGGCAACUGUGGCUUCUGGUAAACUCAACAGAAAAGUCCACUGAAGAGUGUGCAAAAUGCAGAUUCACCAGUGAGCAGAGGAGUGACAGCUCUCACAAAUCCUGUUCAGUGCAGUGUCUUCUGCAUGCUCCACACCUCUCCUUUUUUGCUUUUGAUUUAUUUCCUGAUACCUUCAUGGGUUCAACUGCUUAUUAUCCUCAACUUGAUCACACUUGUGCCUGAAUUCAGUAAGACAUUUAACAGCGUCUUUCAAAAUGCAUUUGACUGACAUCUUGGAUAUACAUUCUUGCUAUUGCAAUAUACUUUUGUUCUUUUCAUUCUCAUUAAAAUUCUGUUGCAUCAUUUAAAAUAA